AUGGGACACGGGGGCUCUAAAAGCAUCGGAAUUUCUGGCUGCUGUGGCGGUGAAAAGAGGAAAAUAUCAGAGAGAGUGGUGUUGCGUGUAAACUCAAAGGAUAAUAUCCACAGCAGUGGUGAAGAAGAGGGAGAAGAUAAGAACGUGAUUGGUAGGAAGAUGGAGAGCACACUGAAACCAUUGCGAGAUGGAGAGUCAGUAUUGGACCUCAGCCCGAGAUCCACUGUCAGCGGCGGCGUGGAGGAUGUCUACGGCGAAGAUCGCGCCACCGAGGACCAACUUGUUACCCCAUGGACUUUCUCAGUUGCCAGUGGUUACUCUUUGCUAAGGGAUCCACAGUACAACAAAGGGCUAGCUUUCACUGAGAAAGAGAGGGAUGCGCACUAUUUGCGUGGGCUUCUGCCUCCGACAGUCAGUACUCAGCCACUUCAGGAGAAGAAACUGAUGAACAGCAUCAGGCAAUAUCAGGUUCCCUUGCAAAAGUACACUGCCAUGAUGGACCUUCAGGAGAGGAAUGAAAGGCUGUUUUACAAACUUCUAAUUGAUAAUGUUGAGGAAUUACUCCCAGUUGUAUAUACUCCUACUGUUGGUGAGGCUUGCCAGAAAUAUGGGAGCAUAUUCAGGCGUCCUCAGGGUCUUUACAUAAGUUUGAAAGAGAAGGGUAAAAUCCUUGAGGUUUUGAAAAACUGGCCUGAGAAGAGUAUUCAAGUUAUUGUUGUAACUGAUGGUGAGCGAAUUUUGGGACUUGGGGAUCUUGGAUGUCAGGGGAUGGGAAUUCCUGUUGGUAAAUUGGCUUUGUACACGGCGCUAGGAGGAGUUCGUCCUUCUGCUUGUUUGCCUGUCACUAUCGACGUGGGGACAAAUAAUGAGAAAUUACUGAAUGAUGAAUUUUACAUUGGGCUUAGACAAAAGAGGGCAACUGGGCAGGAAUAUUAUGCGCUUCUGCAUGAGUUCAUGACUGCCGUGAAGCAAAACUAUGGAGAAAAAGUUCUUGUACAGUUUGAAGACUUCGCAAAUCACAAUGCUUUUGAGUUGCUUGCUAAAUAUGGUACAACUCAUCUUGUUUUCAAUGAUGAUAUACAGGGGACUGCUUCUGUUGUUCUAGCUGGUGUUGUAGCAGCCCUGAAGCUCAUUGGUGGUACCUUGCCUGAGCACACAUUCCUCUUUCUUGGUGCUGGAGAAGCAGGAACCGGUAUAGCAGAGUUAAUUGCUCUUGAGAUGUCAAAGCAGACUAAGGCACCUAUAGAAGAGAGUCGCAAGAAGAUAUGGCUUGUAGACUCAAAGGGUUUAAUUGUUAGUUCCCGGAAGAAUUCACUUCAACACUUCAAGAAGCCUUGGGCUCAUGAACAUGAGCCUGUCAACAGUCUUCUAGAGGCCGUCAAGGUGAUCAAGCCUACAGUUUUGAUUGGAUCAUCAGGAGUGGGAAAAACUUUUACAAAGGAAGUAAUUGAGGCAAUGACUUCAAACAAUGAUAAACCUCUCAUUUUGGCUCUCUCCAAUCCUACCUCACAGUCUGAAUGUACUGCUGAAGAGGCUUAUCAGUGGAGUGAGGGUCGUGCAAUUUUUGCUAGUGGGAGUCCAUUUGAUCCUGUUGAAUACAAGGGAAAACUUUAUGCUUCUGGCCAGGCCAACAAUGCUUACAUUUUCCCAGGCUUUGGUUUGGGUUUAGUCAUCUCAGGAGCAAUUCGAGUUCACGAUGAUAUGCUUCUAGCAGCUUCUGAAGCCUUGGCUAAACAAGUGAGCGAGGAGAACUACAAAAAUGGUUUGAUUUACCCACCAUUCUCUAAUAUCAGAAAAAUCUCAGCCAAUAUAGCUGCAAAUGUAGCUGCCAAGGCCUAUGAACUAGGCUUGGCUACUCGUCUUCCUCGUCCUCAGAAUCUUGUGAAGUAUGCUGAGAGUUGCAUGUAUACCCCUGUAUACCGCAACUAUAGAAUAUCAUCAACUUCAUUUGAGAAAAAGACGUCUGUUAUCAGAGAAGAAAUUGCAAAAAUAAAGAAAGAUGUAGCAGCAGGAGAUGAAGAAAAAGGGAAAAGAGGAAGUAUUGUACAUCGUCCUGAAAAAAUGUCAGAUAUUAGACAAUAUUACAAACAGAUACUUCAUCAAGACGUUUCCCAAUUCAAAGCUUCAUCAAAAGAGUAG